AUGUAUAUGCUAUCGGAUGACGAAGUAGCCUACUCCAAUAGUCUGUACAGUGGGGAGACCGGGACGGAGGUGAACGACACUAGCGAGGGGCAGUCCUACGGGUACGAGCGGAGCCACGUCGGCAGCUUCGACCGGAGGAAGGCGCACACGUACAAGAGGUGGCUCAAGCGCGGACAGGAAAGUGAGGGCAGAAGUGAGGGCAGAAGUGAGGGCAGAAGUGAGGGCAGAAGUGAAGGCAGAAGUGAAGGCAUAAGUGAAGGCAUAAGUGAAGGCCAAAGUGGGAGCCAAAGUGAAGACCAAAAUCCGUACCAGCCGGAGCAUCAAACUGCCUACCCACCGGAGUACCAAAGUGCGCACCAGGGAGAGGUGUUCAAGUACGUCUGCAUAGCGUCGAUAGAGGACGCCGAAAUUCUGUUCAAGUGCAGCCUCCUAUCGGAGGAGCUGGACGGCGCCGCGAACUACACCAUAAAAAAAAUCGUGGCGGCCUCCAAAAGGAAGCUAAAUCAGUGCAGUAAAAAAAUGCUCAACUGGGAUAACAAGAUUAUUUACUUUACAAUCUGCUCGGAAAAAAAAGUGGCAUUUUUUCUAAUCGGGUUGCAUAUGAAAGCAUAUUUCAAGAACUACGCAUUUGAGUUUCUAAAAAAGUUAGAAAUAUAUACCAAGUCCGAUUUAUUUUCUAGCCAAAAUUACAAAGCCAGAAAUAUCAGCCCCUCUAAAGUGCAAACCACACAGGCGUUUUUGCAGCGCACAAUUAAAGGCAUUAAUAAAUGUUGCCGUGAGGAAAAAAUGAUAGCUGUGAAGCAGAAGCUACAGAAAAUUAAUUUAGUUAUGAAUAACCACAUCGAUAAUUUGUACCAAUCCAGGGGGAAUAUAAAAGCUCUCAAACAUAAGACGCAGAACAUGUCAAAAAAUACUUUGCACUUUGCUCAGAAUAGCAAAAAAUUGAAAAGAAUUAUGCUCAUCAAGUAUUGGAAGACGUACGUGUUCUUGGCUUGUUUCGCCAUCAUAGGGUUUAAGGUUUACCGAUCCAUUUGAUGGGUUGGUUUUAUUUUACCCUUGCAUGGGGGGUGGGGUUGGUCGGCAUUACGCAUGCACGUGAAGCUUUUGAAGCGGCACUGCAUCCCUUCACGACAGCCGUUCGGCUCUUCUUCUCCCCCACCAUUGUUUGUACCUUUCAUUUUGUGUAGCACUACCGGCUCGCCUGAUGCCAACGCGGCGCCAAGUUGCUCCUGAUUUGUUCGCACCCGUUUAUACAGCGGCGUGGCAGCGCUUAACCGCUUAACAACCGAUUAACAACCCUUUUAACAAAUUUUUUUUUCGCCUUUUUUUUUUCCUUUUGAAAACUGCCCCCUUUUAAUAACGUGGAGCCGCACACACUGAGCCAGUG